CAUAUUUGGCACCAUCCACAAAUGACAUAGCAUUUUGAAAUCGAGACUUUAAACUGAGUCACUGUAGUAAAUAGUAAUAUGGUUCAUACUUCAUUAGACUUUCGCGACUUUGGCGAUUGACCACGCUCCAUACAUAAUUUUUUUUUUGUAUGAGCAUUUGUCUACAACGGGGAGGGGUUGAGAUUUCCAAAACAGAGUCUACGUGGUAAAUGGGUGGUCCCCGUGGGAAAUUAAGGAUGUCAUCGAGAAGUUGAAGAACAACAAAGCAGCUGGAAACGAUGGUAUCAAAGUGGAACUCAGCAAGAUGGGCCUGGAUAAGCUGAAGGCCCGUCAGCACAGCCUAAUAGUCAAGGUUUGGGACACAGAACAAAUACCGGUGCAUUGGAAACAGGGAAUCAUAUGCUCGGUCAACAAGAAGGGGAACCAGUUGGAAUAUCAUAAUCAAUCGCCUGUCAGCGCGAGCAAAGAAUUAUGUAAGGCUGCACCUUAUCGGUUUCUUGGAGGAGAGAUCGACGACGACCAAUCCUCCAAAAAAUGCCGCGAGUAUCUGCACACCUCUUCAUCAAUUUCAAAGCUGCGUACGACUCCAUUAAUUCCAUUGUAUUAAUUGCAAAUAGCUAUCGAAGAUCAAGUACAAACAUAUAUUUCCCGGGAAGCUCAUAAGAAUGCUGGAAAUAUCAAUGAAUGGACAUUGUUGACAGAACGUUCGGGGACAGGUACAGUGUACCCGGUACACCGCCUUGAAGCGGGAAGCGGAGAAGGUUGAAUUG